GGAUGAGAUUCACGCAUGCGCACUCCGCCCCGUGAAGAACUAAAUGCGUCAACUUUUUGUUUGUCUGAGUUUCUCCUCAUGUGUCUGCAGGAAAUGAGCGAAGAUGAAUGAGGAUGCGUUCGAGGUCCCGGAGAGGACCGAGUACCGCUACCUGGUGCAGGAGGAGGACGAGGAGGAGGUGCAGUACGUUCACCACAGAAACUACAUCAACCCUCUCCUGGUGCUCUCCCGACGCUGCAUCGUCCUCAUCUGCCUCGGCGUGCUCGCCCUGCUCUCUAUCGCCACCUACCUGGGCUACGUGGCCCAGACGCUGCCGCCGGGCGUCACCGAGGUGUCAACGCACUGCGGAGACUUCAGAGGGCGACUAAAGAACGGUGCGUACUCCUUCAAGGGGAUGCCCUACGCCGCCCCCCCCGUUGGUAACCUGCGCUGGGCUCCUCCGACCGAACCAACGUGCAAGAGCGUGACGUCUGACGCGGGCCGCUUCGGCAGCGUGUGCCCUCAGGUGCGCCCGCUGUUGAGCUCGGGGAAGCUGAUGGGCCAGGAGGACUGCCUCUUCAUCAACGUGUGGACGCCCACGCUGCAGCCUGACGCCAAGCUGCCCGUCAUGGUCUGGAUCCACGGAGGCUUCCUGCACAUGCUCAGUGGAGGAGAGGAAGGCUACUCGCCCACCGAGAAGCUCGCCGCCGACACGGGAAUGGUUUACGUGAGCUUCAACUACAGACUCAACGCCUUCGGCUUCCUGGCUCUGGAGAUACUGAGAGAAGGUUCUCCAACGAACACCUCAGGGAACUAUGGCUUCAUGGACCAGAUCGCGGCUCUGAAGUGGGUCCAGAGGAACAUCCACGUGUUCGGAGGAGAUCCUGGGAAAGUCACCAUAUUUGGGCAGAGCUCAGGUGGGACGUCAGUGUGGACCCUGAUGACGUCUCCGCUGGCGAAGGGUCUCUUCCACACGGCGGUGGACAUGAGCGGCUCGUACGUCUACAACGCCACACUGAAACAAGCCGAGUCCGACAACCUGGUGUUCCUGAAGAAGACGGGCUGCAAAGACCUGACCUGCCUCAGACGUCUGCCCAUCAAAAAGAUCCUGCAGGCCGUGCCGUGGCAGGAGUACCCGUCCUGGGCAGCAGAGGAGCUGACGGACCUCCCCGUUAGAGGGCAUUUCAUCGGGCCGGUCGCAGUGGUGGACGGAUACGUCCUCGAAGGUCCACCUUUCGAGGUGUGGGAGAAGAACGGGAACCACAGUGACGUUCCUUUCGUCGUCGGGACGACAGAGCAGGAGGCUGACUUCAGCCCCCCGGCUGGAAACAUCUCCACAUGGACCUGGGGGGACUACCAGUGGUUUGUGAAAGAUAAACUUCAGUCCUUCGGUGAGAAUCUAACCAAAGAGGCGUUGGAGCUGUAUCCGAGCUCCGAGCCCUGCCCCACCACAGACCGCUGUCCAGAGCGGUCCUACACCACCAUGGUGUCCGACAUCAGGGUCACCUGCCCCAACAACGACCUCGCCGGGAGGGCUGCAGAUUUCUUCAGUAGGAACCAAUGA